AAAUGAUAGUAAUCGGUUACAAAGCGCUAUCGCCAAAAUUGAUUUUUUUUUCUGAUAACUUUACGAAACAAUAUGAAAACAAAAAGAAUAUUGAAGAACAAAAACUUGACAAAAUUGUGGCUGGUACUAAUAGCAUACGGGAAAACACAGAACAGCUGAAUGAAGCACAAGAAAGGUGUUUUGAUAAUAUUAACUAUAUAUACAAUGCAACCAAACGAUUGGAACAAAAAAUUAACUACGUUGAACAUUUUGUCAUUAGGAAGCCUUUUAAUUCGUGUUUAGAUCUGUACAAUAAUGGAGUCGAGUUAAAUGGUGUAUAUCAAAUAGAUAUUGGCCUAGAAAAACCGCUGUCUGUCUACUGUGACAUGGAUACUGACGGUGGAGGAUGGACAGUCUUCCAACGACGUCAAGAUGGAAGUGUGGACUUCUUUGGAGACUGGGAAGAAUAUAAGACUGGAUUUGGUGAUUUGAAUGGCGAGUUUUGGCUUGGGAACCACUACUUAAAUCUACUGACCGAUGAUAAUAGACAACACGAGCUGAGAAUUGAUCUAGAAGACUUUGAUGGAAAUCGUGCGUAUGCCAAGUAUAGUAGCUUUAAAAUUCUGCCGGAGGAAAUGAAGUACAAACUCGAAGUGGGUGGUUACACUGGUAAUGCCGGAGAUUCUCUUGAGGCACCAAACGAUAAGGGACAUAUACAUGAUGGAAUGGAAUUCAGCACAAAAGAUAAUGAUAAUGACAACUCAAGCGGACAUUGUGCUUCUAUGUAUAAGGGCGCCUGGUGGUUCAAUACUUGUUUUGCCUCACACUUAAAUGGUUUGUAUUCUCAAAAGGCAACUUGUACUUAUAUAUGCAUCAUUUGGGAUUCAUGGAAAGGUUUUUAUACCUCCAUUAAGUUCACUGAAAUGAAACUCAGAUAAAGUUGUUUCUGAGAUAAGUAGAAUAACAUUUUCGAAUGAUGCUUACUGAACGGAUAAUUUUGUAUAUUUACAAUUACAGAAACAAUUUUAAAUAAAUUCAAAGUAUUCCGAAAGGGGAAAGUUUAAAUUCGUUUUGAAUAUGGGAGUUUUCUAUUGUGUUGUCAUUAUAAUUGUUUGUUUAAAUGUUUUAUAUAUAUUAACAAUAUCACAUUUUACCUUACCGUUAUAGUAAUGUUGCAUGCAUUAUAGAGACGAAAAGUUUUAUAAUUAAUAAUUAUUGGCAAAAGUAUUACACUUAUUAUGGCGUCAGUGUAUGUAAUUAAUUUUUAAGUGAAAUUAUGCUCACUUUUUUAUUGUGAAGUUGAGCUGAAUUUUAUAUGUUUUUCAAAAGAUUGCCUUUUAUAAUGGUGAUUAACCAACAUUUAAAUUG